AAAAAACAGAAGGGAAACCGUGUCCUCAAGUGCCGCAGUGCGUGCCAGAAGAAGAAGCAGCAGCCUAUUGGUUUUUAAUCGAUUUUGCCGACUGUGCUGCUGUUGUAGCAGCAAAGGGAAAACAGAUACUGACGGACUAGCGGUGAGCUAUGGCGGAUUACUUUGAUGAACUGGGACACACGCCCACCGGGCCCGAGGGUGCCAAUGAUUUCGAUCGCCACUAUCGUCGCCUUCAGGUGCUGGCUAUUAUGAAUGGUAUUGAUAUGGAGAUCGAAGCUCCUGAAGCCUCCAAGCGUGCCAUUGAGGCGCUGCCUAUGCAUGUGAUCACUGCAGAGGAGCUUAAUCCCGACUUGGAGUGCGCUGUGUGCAAGGAACCAGCUGAGGAGGGCAGCAAAUUUAAGGUGUUACCCUGCAAACACGAGUUCCAUGAACAAUGCAUUCUGUUGUGGUUGAAAAAGGCCAAUUCGUGUCCCAUUUGUCGUUAUAUAUUUGAAACCGAUGAUGAGGUUUAUGAGGAGUUACGACGCUUCCGUCAGGAUGAACCCAAUCGUCGUGAUCGCCAUGACGCUCUAAUGGAUUCCAUGUUCGGUUAAGAUUAAGCACUAAAGAUUCGUUUUUAUGGUUUUGGCUUUUAUUGGUUUAUGGUUUACAAUUAUAAAUAAAAAAAAAAGGUUGCUGCA